AUGGAGCGUUGGAGGGCAGAAAGCGAAUCGACUGAAGUAAUAAGUACGUUGGAGAGUGAAACUCAUUUCUGUACUUCUCCAUCAUCUUCAGCUCGACAUAUCAACAAUGAACAAACUUAUAACAAUGAUAAUUUCCCAUCAAGUGUAUUGCGUAAUCUCAGCGCUUUUAGACAAGAUGAACGCUUCUGUGAUGUAAUUUUGACAGCAUCUCUGAAGCCAGAAGAUGGAGCAGAAAGUGAUGGGAGUCGAGAUGUUAGGAUUGUUGCCCAUCGAGCAAUACUUGCUGCAGCAUGUCCAUAUUUUAGCGCAAUGUUUAAGAGUGCAAUGAAGGAAUCGAAACAACAAAACAUAUUUUUGAAGGGAAUGGAUGGGACAUCAUUGAUUGCAUUGAUUGAUUUCAUGUAUUCUGGUCGACUAACAAUAAACGAGCAAAAUGUACAAAGUCUCCUGACAACUGCAUCACAACUUGAGAUGUCGUGUGUGCGUGAUGCGUGUUCCAGAUUUCUUCUGGAUCAAUUGGAUCCAUCUAACUGCCUUGGUAUUGCAAAUUUUGCUACGACGCACUAUUGCACACAACUUGCACAUGCUGCUACCACAUUUGUUCAACAACAUUUCAAUUAUGUGGUAAAAUGUGAUGAAUUUCUGGCGCUUAAUAAAGAUCAGGUGAUUGAAAUAAUCUCGUCAGAUCAUCUAACAACUACUGGUGAAGACAAGGUUUAUGAAGCAGUUGUACGGUGGGUAACCCAUGAUCUCUUGAAUCGCAAAGAUGCAUUUUCAGAGCUUUUGGCACAUGUUCGCUUGCCUUUGCUACCGCGUGACUACUUAACUGAUAAAGUUGAUCCUGAUAUUUUGGUUCGACAGAGUUCAGAAUGUAAGGAUUAUCUUCUGGAAGCUUACCGUUAUCAUUUGAAAGAAGAACGCGGUGAAGAAAAUGAACGUAACCGUCCGCGACAGCCGAUUCCAUUGUCGAAGCUUAUAAUGCUCAUUGGCGGUCAAGCGCCUAAAGCUAUUGCCAAUGUUGAUGUAUUCGAUCUGGAUGCCUUACGAUGGACACCGCUAAAUGCUUUACCCCAACGUCGCUGUCGUUGCGGUGUCGGAGAACUGAAAGAUUUCGUUUAUGCAGUUGGUGGAUUUAACGGGUCACUGCGUGUAAAAUCUGUAGAUGUCUAUGAUGUGCACAUUGACAGAUGGUUUGCUGGACCGCCGAUGGAUGCAAGGCGUAGCACAUUAGGCGUGGCAGUCAUCGAUCAGCUGAUAAUAGCUGUUGGUGGUUUCGAUGGUUCAACCGGACUAAGCUCUGCGGAAGCGUUCGACCCUCGCAACGGUCAGUGGAUGCCUCUCCCAUCGAUGACCGUACGUCGUUCAUCGGUUGGUGUCACAGCUUUUGGUGGUAUGGUAUAUGCUGUGGGUGGUUACGAUGGAAAUACUAGGAACUGUUUGGAUACGGUUGAAAUUUAUGAACCACGAGUGAAUAGAUGGCGACCUGGACCAACUUUAAUAUCCAAGCGUUCUGGUGCAGGUGUUACAGUUGUUGGCGAUCGCCUUGUCGCUGUUGGAGGACAUGACGGUCCAUUGGUUAGAGAAACAGCUGAGAUUUUAAAUGGUGACUCUUGGACACUUUUGCCGGAAAUGAAUGUAUGUCGCCGCAAUGCAAGUGCCGUAGCUUUGGAUUCAAAUUUAUUCGCAAUCGGAGGCGAUGAUGGAACAUCUAAUUUGAGUUCAAUUGAAGUUUUAACAGUUUCAUCGCUGGAACAACAGCCCUGGACUCAUCUUAGUGUAUCAAUCAAUCAACCAAGAUCGUACGCUGGUGUAGCACUUCUACCAAAAGUCGCAUGA